AUGAAUCCUUAAAAGUACACUUUUAGAAUAACAGUGUAGACGCCCGGCAUUUCAACUUGAUGGAAUUUAAACAGCAAAUCAAGGAGGAGUCAAAUAAUAUGAUUCAAAAAAAGAUAAAUACCUAAAAGAUUUCAAUUCAAAUCUCCUCAAAAAGUAAAAGGAAAAAGGAACUUCAAGAUUUCAAACAGAGAGUAAUCGACAUCCUAAUAAUUCUUCUAUUAUAUCAUUAAAUUAAAGCAUAGUAAAUAAAUAAUUAUAAUCUUUGAAGCAAUUCCAUCAACGACCUAGCAUUAAAUCAAAUCACCUUAAUCGUCUUUACACUUAAAAUCAAUAUCCUGACAAAUCUAUGUCUCCAAAUAUUCAAACUAGAUUAUAAAAUAUACCCAAAAAUAAAAGAGAAGGUGGUGUAUCGUUGCCAAAAUUAGAUUCCACUAACAGCAACCUCUAAAAACCAGUCACUAGAUCACAAUUAUUACAAUUCCUUGAUUAAAUAAUGUUUGCUGUUGAAAAUGUAUAAUAAAUUGUAUCAUAAUAUGAUAAUCCUCCUAGAGAAAUUUAUCAAUCAUAGCCAGUCAGAUAAAUGGCAAAAUUUAAAAUUAAACAGGAAUAAUAAACUGAGCAUUCUUAUAUUCAAUCCUAGAUAAAAAAUAAGUAAUCAUAUAUUAACAAAGCCAAUAAAAAUACACAAACACCUAAUAAAUAAAUAAGAGCUAAUUCUGAAAUUUGUGAUUAACAAAAAAUAAAUAAAAAAACAACAAAAAUUAAAACUGAAUUUACAGAAGAAAGUGAUGGAACUGAAAAAAGACAUACUAGAUUUCCAAAUAUAAUCUAAAAAUCUCAAAAAUAAAAAAUUAAAAAAAUAUUACCUGAAAAUAGAAAAAACAGAGUUCAAUCUCAAGUUAUAUCAUUUAGUUAUGUCAAUUAAAAAGAGAAUGAUUAAAUCUAAAAAGAAAAUACUAAUAAAUAAAUUAGUAGUAAUGAAACAUAAUAAAAUAGUGAACAAUCAAAUAUUAUUUAUGAAUCUUCUUAAUAAAAUUAAAUCAAAAUUAAUAUUGAUCUCAAAAACCAACGAUAAAGCACACCUUCAAGUUCAACCAAUUUAGUUGAAACUCAAAAAAAAUAAUAAAAAUCAAUAAACAAUAGUGCAAAUUAAUUAAAGAAAACAAAUUCAAAUGCUAUGAUCAUACAAAUUUAAAAUAAAUAGGAUCAAAAUCAAUCCAUUUAAUAGAUUAGUUCUAAUCGCUAUUCACUAAGCGAUUUUGAAGAUGUCGAUCAAGAUGUACUUAUAAGCAAAAGUUCUUAAUAGGAUUAAUAAAUUAGUUAGAAAAAGUAAGAUAAUGAAAAGCAAACUCCAAAAGUUAAUAAACGCUCAAUAUAAAUUAAAAAUUAAAUUGAAACUAAUGACUAAGAUGAACAUCAUAAAUAAUUGGAUUAAAAAACUAUAGAAUUAAGAUAGAACACUAAUGAAUAAUAGUGUAAAGCUCAAUAAUUUUAAAGUCAUUUAAAUAAUGAGGAUCAAGAAUUUUCAAAUGAAUUUUUAUCAGAAUAAACUAAACCUUAAACCAAAAAUAGUUCAAAUACAAAAAAAUAAUAAAUUAAUAAUUUGACUUAGAAACAGAAUUCGUCAAAAAAAAUAUUAUAAAUUAAUCCUGACCCUGAUUUUUAUCCAGACGAUGCUUAAUAAUAAGAUAAAUAAUAUGACAAACAAAAUGAAUAAUACGAAGAUUCUCAUUAAAAUGAUCAAAUAGAUGAUAAAAUGAAUUAAUUAAAUGAACAACUAAAUAAAAUUGAUACAAAUUUUGAGACAACGGAAUAAAAACUAACUUAUCAAAAUCAAUAAAAAAAUCCUGAAGUUUAAAAUUAAUCUUAAUUAAUACAAAUUUAGAAUGAUUAAUAAAAAUCUUAGAUUCCUGAUUAAAAAUCUUAAAAGUCUAUAAAAAAUUUAGAGCAAGUAGAAAGUUUAGAAAAUAAAUAAUAAUUUAUUUCUUCAGAUAUUUCUUAAGGUGUUCCCCAAAAUAAGGAAGAAAUAUAAAAUUCUAAAGAUUUCAGACCUUAAAGUGUAAAAUAAAAUUAAGAUGAGUAUUCAGAACUUAAUUCUAUUGUAAACAGUAUUUAUGUUUAACCUAAUGAUUUUGCUUAUUAGAAAAAUAAUCAUCAAACUGAUAUUUAAUUAGAUAAAAAUGAAGAGAUAUAAACUCAAUCAUAAUAAUUAAAUAAUAAUUAAUAAAUAACCUAAUUUGAUAAUUCUAGGAAAGACCAAAUAAUGGAUAAAUUAUAAAAUCAAAAAUUAAUUUUAAAAAAUAAUGAAGAUCUUGGAGAAUCAUUAUUAAUUAACGAAGCCUAAUCUAAAAAUUCUGUAAAUAAAUAAGAAAGAUAAGAUAUAGAAAAAAAAACUCAUUUAAAAGCUAAUUUUGCUUAAUCGCAUCAAGUUAAAUCAGAUUAAACAGGAUUCAAGUUUUAGCCAAAGAAUUUUUAAUAAAGUGGAGCUUAUUCAAUUAUUUUUGAUAAAACUAAAUAUAAAAAUUAUAAUCAAGGAAAAACAAAAAUUAUUAAUGAUUGUGAUGAUGAAUAAAAAUCUAAGGAAUAAAUAAUUGAUUAAACUGAAAAACAAUGGUACAAUGUCAAGACUCAUAAAUCUUUGUAAAUAAUUGAAAGUAAAUAAAAUGAUGAAAAUAAAAAAACUAAUACUAAAAGCUAAAUCCUACAUGAUAAAGAGGAACUUGAUGAGGAAUUUAUAAAAAUGUUAAACAAAACGAAAAAAAUUGAUUAAAAUAACCAAAAAAGUGAUGAAGUAAAAAAUGAAAAUGUUAUAUCUGAUAAGCUUAGAAGAUAAAAUAGCACUAAAAAACUUUAAUAAUCAUAAGUGAUAGUAAAUGAAACUUAAGGAAGUAAUAAUUAAAAUCAACCUAAAGAAAAAGAUAAUUCUGUACUUGAUGAAGACCCUUAGAAUAUUGAAUUAAAUGAUUCUCAAUUGUAAAAAAAGGAAUAAGUAAUAUUAGUAUAAGGUAAUGUAAUUGAAAAUAGUAAAAUGUAAGAUGAAAGUAUUAAAUAAGCAAAUAUCUAAGAGCAAAAUUCUUCUUAAGUUCAACCUUAAAAGAUAGAGAAAUUAGAUAAUAAGGAUCCUGAAGUCAUUGAUUAAAAUUGA